UUAUUUUGAAUGCGGAUUAGGUGACCGUCAACCUACAUGAGCGGAUUCUUCGUCGGUGCUGCGCAUCAUAACCAGACUCUGACCGAAAUCAAAGGAGCUUUGGGCUGUAGUUUUAAUCGUUUACUGCUUACAAAAAACAGCAAUUCAUCGAUUUAUUCGUGAGGGAGUAUGAACUAACAGCGUUUCGGGUCAUUUUGCGGCCUUUAAGUAUUUCAAGUUAAUCUAGGACUCAACAGCUUUAUUUUAAACUGGGAUUGAUUACGUUGACGCAUGACGCCAAACCCAAAUAAAGCACUCUGAGUCAUUUUACCUUGUUUUUAACAGUACUUGAAUGAUUUAAGGAAUUGUCGAGAAUGGACGAGAAGGUUUUCACGAAAGAACUGGACCAAUGGAUCGAGCAACUGAACGAGUGCAAGCAACUGUCGGAAAACCAAGUGAAAAUUUUAUGCGAGAAGGCUAAAGAAAUUUUAUCGAAAGAGUCAAACGUUCAGGAGGUGCGUUGCCCGGUCACAGUAUGCGGAGAUGUACAUGGCCAAUUUCACGAUCUUAUGGAACUGUUUAAGAUCGGGGGUAAAUCACCGGAUACUAAUUACCUAUUCAUGGGAGACUAUGUGGAUAGAGGUUACUAUUCAGUAGAGACAGUCACACUACUGGUGUCUUUAAAGGUUCGAUAUCGAGAGAGAAUCACCAUCCUUCGUGGAAAUCACGAAAGUAGACAGAUCACACAAGUUUAUGGCUUUUAUGACGAGUGCCUGAGAAAAUACGGAAAUGCGAACGUUUGGAAAUAUUUCACAGACCUCUUUGACUACCUUCCUCUUACAGCCCUUGUAGACACACAGAUUUUCUGUCUCCAUGGAGGAUUGUCACCUUCAAUUGACACGCUGGAUCACAUUCGCGCGUUGGACCGCAUUCAAGAAGUUCCCCAUGAGGGUCCCAUGUGUGAUUUGCUGUGGUCAGAUCCAGAUGACCGCGGAGGCUGGGGGAUUUCCCCAAGGGGGGCUGGGUACACAUUUGGUCAGGACAUCUCAGAAACAUUUAACCAUGCCAACUGCUUGACUCUGGUCUCACGAGCUCACCAGUUAGUGAUGGAGGGUUACAACUGGUGUCAUGAACGUAAUGUUGUAACGAUCUUCAGUGCACCUAAUUAUUGCUACCGAUGUGGUAACCAGGCGGCGAUCAUGGAACUCGAUGACACGCUCAAGUACUCCUUUUUACAGUUUGACCCUGCCCCACGCAGAGGAGAGCCUCACGUCACUCGUCGCACUCCAGAUUAUUUCCUGUAAGAUGGGGAAUCUAUUUUUUUGUAAUUACAGCAUUGCAGCACGAUCUGGCCAGUGGACAAUUAUUAUUCAUAGGAGACAUGCUCAUCUGUUCAAAUUUUCCAACGCAAACCCUUGUCCUUGGACCAAAACAUGUGCCAUAUCUAUACUGCAAUAAGAUAGAUGCAGUCAACAAACACACAAAUGUAACAGUACUCUCUCAUCUGCAUCAUGUACUUUUCUCUCAUCUGUAUUGAAAAAGCUGUUGUGUUUUUGAUCAGAAUAAGGGUUUUUUCCAACUACUGGGUUUAUGUGCAUUCUUCUGAAACGCUGUGUUUUGGAAUAUCAUUUUGAAUAUACACUCUAAUGCUUAUGACUGGAUAAUGUACAAGUUGUGAUGAGCUUAAAAUAGUGCUGUGUAUUAUAGCUGCAUUUUCAUGCUGCAUGGCCUCGGGUACACAAUGAGCUGUCAUCUGGCAAAUUUCCGACUGCUGUUUUAAACGAUUGCCUACUGCAGUGUUUGUUACAGGUGGGUAUGAGACACUUUAGUUUGAAUCCCUUUUUGAUGUCUUUUAAGCACUUUUUCAAUGCAGUAUUUGUUAUUGUUCUUAGUUUAAAGAGCAGUGGUUUUGUUUGUUUUCGCUUUUGUAUGUUACUGCGUUAUUUCCCAAUGAUUUGUAAAUCAGAGCACAAUUAAAUAGGGAUUUGAACGGCAAUAAAGACUCAUGCUAUUUAUCUA